AUGAUUACACCGCAGCUGCGUCCUCUUGCGCCUCUAUCUGGCAGCAUGACCUACCAACAUGUACUUGAGGAUUCUGGUCCUACUGACUCCCACUCUGACGACUAUCAAUCACUUCUUUACGCACCCUUCAUAUCAGCCAUCUUGUCUGCAGCCCGGUACCGUGCGAAAGAAACGCGGAGUACCACUCGUCCGACUCGCGCCCAGCGAUCUAUCAAUAUCUGGAAAGUGCUCCGACUUGGCGUUUGCUUGAUACUAUUAUUUGCAAUCGUGAUGCUCGGAAUGGCCGAAUCUUGCCCCAACCCGGAUAAUGCUAAGCCGGGGGCAACGGAUCAAGUGGCGAGCGCUCUCGCAGGACAUGGAAUCGGCAAACGCAAGAAACGACAGCACCACACCAAUCUAUGCUUAACCAAGGAACAGUCUACCCGGCUAUCGCUCGCGUGUUUCUAUUCGGAUUUGGUUAGAGAUUGGUCUGAAGAGGAUAACGCGCGUGCUCAGUAUGGGGUAGGAUUUGCUGCGGCAGUUGUGAGACAGAGUAAGCUUAUCAUCGUGGACGAAACUACGACUUCGAUUGAAUACGCGCCUGACACGGAAUUCCACGCAUCUCUCCGUUGCGCACUUCCAAACGCAACCAUCCUUGUGAUCACGAACACGCUGAGGAACAUCCAAGGCGUAGACAAGGUAUCCUGUCUUGUCCUUGAAGCCGGACACCCUCGCCGAGCUUGGGACUCCAAGCGAAUUAUUAAAUCGACAUGGAGCGUUCAGGAAAUUGUUGAUGUGGAUGAUGCUCGAGAUGCGCUUUACGUUGCGUUUACUGAUUGA